AAAACAGCAACCCACUUCUUUCAACUUCCAGAUCAACUGCCGGCUGCACUCUCUUCUUUUGCUUGUUUGUCCAGAUCUGCUAGGUGGUCCCCCCGGAGACUCUUCUUGCUUCACAGGUCUGUCCGGCUUGUGUCCGGUUUGUGUCCCACUACCGAACAGCCUUCCCUUGCCAAAAUCAUCUCCAUGGCUCAUGACCGAGAAGGGCAAUCCAUGCCCACCGGAUCUGCUUCCAUGGCCGGUCCAAAGGCCAUUCAUUGCUUGAUAUCACCUCCACCAAAUUUGGUUAAACUCUUCCGAGACCAAAAUCUUCAAGAUGAUAUGAACAGGAUACUCCAAAAACAGAAGCCAUGCCAUUCAAACCAAACUUUUGUUCCUCACAAAAAAUCUCAGAUUUUGGGUCCUUCUUUUGUGUCUCAUCCACCGGCCUCUCUUGCCUCCAUUUACCCACAGCCCAAAGGACAUCUACUCCCCUUCCAGACUGGAAUAAAUGGAUUGGCUCUUUUGAUUCACCAUGGACAAGCCAGUUUUAGCUCGUUAACCGGAUUGCCCUGUACUGGAGAAGAAAUUUCAGCAUCUAAGCCUGUCAGUGCUGAUGAACAUAUUUCAUUUCUGCUUACUUUGAUUUGCAAAUAUAUAGUCUGCUCUGCUGGUAAAGGUCCCACUAAAGAGUUUAUUCCUUUAGCUGCUGCUUUAGCGUAUGGUAGACAAAUGGCUUUGGGUCCUUUUUUGCUUGCUCAUUUGUACAGGAGUUGCCAAGAUAUCGCGGCUCACCCCUUAGUCAUUAGUGGUGGGCCGCUUUGGGUUUUGCAGUUGUGGUUGUAUUCAUAUUUUCCAGCCCUAGCUUCUGUCUCAUCCGCUGUUCCAGCCCGGGAUCUACUCACCUACGGCUUCAUGUUCAAGAAUGCCGUGGAAAACAAGAAAAGCUUUGAGGAGUGCUUCCAGUUUUUUGCUUCUCUUUUUGUUGACCAACCCGAUGCAGACUUUGCUGUGUUUCUUGGCAGAUCUCACAGUCCCUCAUGGUACAGGGCCGAUAUCCGAUCCCCAGAUUUCAGAGCAUUUUGGUCUGUUUGUGUGACCUCUCGAGAUUUGCCUGUUGGCUGUAGUUUGAACACUCUCAACUCUAGAUGCGGCAUGGAACUCUAUGCACUGAACCAAUUCUGUCGGCAGCUAGGAUACUGCCAAGACAUACCAUUCCCGCCACUAUUUUCCUUCAACUACAGCUAUCCUCUUCGGUUUAUAAUUGGGGAUUCAAAGAUUUUGGUUACCAAACUUGUUGACAUCUCCAAAACUCUGCAAACAUUGAUCCUACCAAACCCUCCAUUCAGACCAAGCUGCACUUCUUCUUACAAAAGUUGGUGGCGAGACUACUUCCAUCCUCGGUUCCUUGAUGUUAUGGCGAAUAUCUCUGCUCUGACUCCUCCUCAACUCACCAAAAAAUCUGAAGAGAAGAAAGUUGUAAAAGAGAAUGAGGACCUGGAAUCUGCCAUGGCCGCCCAGAUCAGCCAGCCAAAUCUGCCAAGGAGAGCUCCCAAACUUCAAAUUCCUCCUAACAAAAUAGAAGAUGUUUCUCCCAAGCUAGACCAAGUUGAAGAAAACAUUGCUGCAAGUGAUGAAGGUGAUUCUGCCACCAUCCCUACGAAAUCCCUACGAAAUCUGGCAACGGUUCUUCUCCAGCCACAAAGACCGAAUGAACUCAUCGAUCUAAGCCCAGACAAAGAGAAUACCCCUACACCCGUAGUUUCUCCUGAUAGGCAUGUUCAUGUUGAUGACAUUGAGAGUGUCGCUGCUGAUGUGCCCAUGGUUGAUGAUGAUUUGGAGAAUGAACUCCUUGCCCAGCUGGACAUGUUGAUGAAUACUCCGGCUAAAUCUAGAUCUGCCACAGAUAGUAAAGGGAAGGCAAUUGCUGAAGAAGUGGAUUUUGAUAUCAACCUCCCUACCCAGGAGCAGAUUAGCUUUGCGAUUAUGACCAUGCAAGAGCUCCUUCAUGGUGAUCCUUCUCAUUUUUGCAAAGUACCGGACCAGCCAGCCGCCUUUGAAGCGGCUCAAAUCCUUAGUCGAGCUCCACAGUUAUCAUCUACUCAGCAAAAGUUCUGGGCAGACUUCACCACCAUCUAUACCCAUUUCAGCAGGAAACUCCGGGUGCUUGAAAGCAAAGUAGCGGCUGCAAAAUCCGUGAAAAAAUCUAUAGCGAAUAGUACUGCUACUGUUUUCAAGAAGAAGGAAAAAUUCAUGGCAGCAAAGGAGGCUCAUAUUACACAAGUCAAACAUGUCCAAGGGCUUAAAGAAGACAUCUCUAACCUUGAGGCCAAGCUUUUAGAGUUAAAAAACCAAGUUCCUCUUGCAGAGCAAAGUGAGAAGAAUUUGGCAGAACAAAGAAACAAGCUCUGCAUGGACAUGGAAGCUGGUUUGAAAUCUACUGCCAAGAUCAAGGAGCAGCUACCUUCUUUCACAGCCUCUGCAGAUGAAGCCGUUGAAGAAAUCAAGAACAUGAGAGAAGAAUGGAGUUCAUGGCAAAACAACCUUUGUUGAUUUUUCUCUUAUCUCCUUGUCUCUUUGUCUGGUUGAAAUUGCACAUUGUCAUGUUUGAACUUAUUGUUUGCGGCCUAUUGGCCAUGCAAACUUCUUUUUCAAUGUUGAUCUCUUUCUUGGCUUAUAUUCUGGAAAUCUGCUUGCUAUACUUUCUGUUCAUACUCUGGUACAGGUUGAAAUCUGUU